ACCUUCCAAAGCACUAACAGCACCGCCAUCUGCAAUUACAAGCAGUCCCCUUCUUCCUCUGCCAUUAAAAUAAAAUAAAAUAAAAUAAAAACCUAACCCUAGAAAUCCAAAACAACAAGAGUCCCAACAAGUAAAGGAUUAAGAAGAUAUCGUGGGAGUGGGAUACUGAAGCCGUCGAUGCUUAGUUUUGGUGGAGUAGAAGAGGAUCAGAGAGGGGGUGCUUCCAAUAAAUGCUCUCUCUGUAUCUCCCCUUCGAAGUUGCUUCCUUUUUCAUGUCUUCUUCAAUCACACCCUCUUUAUUCUUUUCUCAUUCAGGGUCUUCUCAAGCCCUAGGCUUUCAUCUUUGCUCUAUACCUUUCCUUAACUCUCAAUCUUCUCCUUUGUAUAAAACAUGACUGAUUCUAAGGUAUUCGUUUUUGGGUCCUUCACUGAAGAUGAAACCAGGUCAUUGCUGUCAAAGCAGUCAUCUGGGAAUUCUGAAAAGCCUGUAGCAACUAAGGAAUUGCAAUUUGGUUCUUUCAAUUUUGCAGCUGGAGGAUCUUUGGGCAGUGUCAAUGGUAAUUUAAGCAACAAGCCAAGUUCCACAAAUGAGCCAAUUGAAUUUUUAUCCUCAACUUCUCGAAUAGAAGAUGGAAAAAGUAGAAAAACAACAACAGAUCAUUCCUUGAACGCGCUUCAAACUCCUAAAGAAGCUGGAAGUGCAAAUAGUUCCAGCAGUAGUUGUAGCCUUAGUAAUGGUGUAAAGCAGCUGAAUGCAAAAGGCAUUGAUGUAACUUCAGUUCACUUAACCAUAAAUGAACUCAAUCCCUUGAGUGAUUCUCAGAGUUCAAAAUUUCAUGUCCUUGAGAGCGAAAUUAUAGAGGAUAGAGAUCAGAAUGGGACGGUUGAUACUUCAUUAGGAGGCUCUAUUCGAGGAGACAUUGCAAAAGAAGAGAAGGAUCCAAUUAAAGUUGUUAAAAACUUAGUACCACGAGGCUUGAUUAAUUCUGGAAAUUUAUGCUUUCUGAAUUCCACUUUACAGGCUCUAUUGUCAUGUUCUCCUUUUGUCCAGCUCUUGCAGCAACUUAAACUUCGUAAUAUACCAAAGGUUGGCUAUCCAAUAUUAACUUCGUUUGCAGAGUUUGUAUCUGACUUCGAUGUGCCAUCCAGUGAUUCUAAAUUGAAGAAAAAGGAUACAGCAGUUCUUGAGAUUGGAAGACCUUUCAGCCCUGUCAUGUUUGAAUCUGUACUUAAAAGUUUUACUCCGGAUGUGCCAAAUAGCAUAUCUGGUAGGCCAAGGCAGGAAGAUGCUCAGGAGUUUUUAAGUUUUAUCAUGGAUCAAAUGCAUGAUGAAUUGGUUAAGCUUCAAGGGCAGUCCGGUAGCUCAAAUGGGGUCAGAUCAUCACUAGUUUCGUAUGCAGAAGAUGAUGAAUGGGAGACAGUUGGACCAAAAAACAAAUCUGCAGUCACUAGAACUCAAAGCUUCCUUCCUUCAGAGUUGAGUGAUAUUUUUGGAGGACAGCUAAGAAGUGUGGUGAAGGCAAUAGGAAAUAAAGCUUCUGCUACUGUUCAACCAUUUCUAUUGCUGCACCUUGAUAUCCAUCCUGAAGCUGUUCAUACUAUUGAGGAUGCACUUCACUUGUUCUCAGCACCAGAGUUUCUUGAGGGUUAUCGUGCAUCGACUGCUGGGAAGUGUCAGACUGGUGUUGUCACUGCCAAAAAAUCUGUCAAGAUACAGACACUUUCGAAGAUAAUGAUUUUGCACCUGAUGCGUUUUAGCUAUGGUAGCCAGGGGAGUACCAAGCUGCAUAAGCCUGUACACUUCCCUCUUGAGCUGGUAUUGGGUCGGGAACUACUUGUUUCCUCAUCCACCGAGGGCCGAAAAUAUGAACUUGUUGCUACAAUAACACAUCAUGGAAGAGAGCCCUCCAAGGGGCAUUAUACAGCUGAUGCUCGAUACCCCAACGGCCAAUGGCUGCGUUUUGAUGAUGCCUCUGUCACAGCCAUUGGGACAAGCAAGGUGUUACAUGACCAAGCAUAUGUUCUUUUCUACGAACAAACAUAGAAGUCGUCGCAAUUUUACUCCUUGUUCGCAUGAUCUUCAUCCAAGUACUAUGGCGCCUGUUUGCUAAGAUCAUCAUUACAGAAUUGGCUCCUUGAUUUUUCCUUCCCUUGUAACAGUUAGUCACGCUUUACCUUCAAAUGGAUAAUUUAACUGCAGCCCAUAUAUAUACACAUAUAUAGGUUUAUGUAUUGAUAAUCAAACUGUGAGAAAGUACUUAAAAAUUUUUCUAAUGUUCUUGAACUAGUAGUGAUUAUUAUUUUUUGUUUUAGUUUUA